GUGUGUGUGGCUGCUGUGGCGCCCUCCGCCCCAGGUACAAAAGGCUGGUUGACAACAUAUUCCCUGAAGACCCAGAGGAUGGCCUGGUGAAGACCAACAUGGAGAAGUUGACCUUCUAUGCCCUCUCAGCUCCAGAAAAGCUAGAUCGUAUUGGUGCCUACCUCUCUGAGAGGCUCAUCCGUGAUGUAGGUCGCCACCGAUAUGGGUACGUGUGCAUCGCCAUGGAGGCGCUGGACCAGCUGCUCAUGGCCUGCCACUGCCAGAGCAUCAACCUCUUCGUGGAGAGCUUCCUCAAGAUGGUGGCCAAGCUGCUCGAGUCCGAGAAGCCCAACCUCCAGAUCCUGGGCACCAACUCGUUUGUGAAGUUUGCCAACAUUGAGGAGGAAAUCCGAAUGUCGGGCAUCAAGGGUCUGCAAGGGGUGGUGAGGAAGACGGUGAACGAUGAGCUGCAGGCCAACAUCUGGGACCCGCAGCACAUGGACAAGAUCGUCCCCUCGCUGCUUUUCAAUCUGCAGCACGUGGAGGAGGCAGAGAGCCGGUCCCCCUCACCCCUCCAAGCCCCCGAGAAGGAAAGGGAGAAUCCCGCAGAGCUGGCCGAGCGCUGCCUCCGGGAGCUGCUGGGCCGGGCCGCCUUCGGCAACAUCAAAAACGCCAUCAAGCCCGUCCUCAUCCAUCUGGACAACCAUUCUCUCUGGGAACCCAAGGCGUUCGCCAUCCGCUGCUUCAAAAUCAUCAUGUACUCCAUUCAGCCGCAGCACUCGCACCUGGUCAUCCAGCAGCUCCUGAGCCACCUGGAUGCCAACAGCCGCAGUGCGGCCACCGUGCGGGCAGGCAUCGUGGAGGUCCUGUCCGAAGCGGCCAUCAUCGCCGCCACCGGCUCGGUUGGGCCCACAGUGCUGGAGAUGUUCAACACCCUGCUGAGGCAGCUGAGGCUCAGCAUCGACUACGCGCUGACCGGGAGCUACGACGGGGCCGCCAGCCUGGGCACCAGGCUGAUCAAGGAGCAUGAGGAGUGCAUGUUCCAGGAGGCCGUGAUCAAGACCAUCGGUUCCUUUGCCAGCACGCUGCCCACGUACCAGCGCUCCGAGGUGAUCCUCUUCAUCAUGAGCAAGGUCCCGCUGCCCUCCCUGCACCACCCCGUGGAGAUGGGCCGGACCGGGGAGAACAGGAACCGGCUGACCCAGAUUAUGCUGCUGAAGUCCCUCCUACAGGUCUCCACAGGUUUCCAGUCCAGCAACAUGAUGUCAGCCCUGCCCAGCAACUUCUUGGACCGCCUUCUCUCCACCGCCCUCAUGGAGGAUGCCGAGAUCCGUCUCUUUGUACUAGAGAUUCUCAUCAGCUUCAUCGAUCGCCAUGGCAACCGCCACAAGUUCUCCAGCAUCAGCACCCUCAGUGACAUCUCUGUCUUGAAGCUGAAGGUAGACAAAUGCUCCCGGCAGGACACGGUCUUUAUGAAGAAGCACUCCCAGCAGCUCUGCCGGCACAUCUACCUGAGCUGUAAGGAGGAGACCAACAUGCAGCAGCACUACAAGGCCCUCUACAGCCUGCUGGCCCUCAUCAGCAUCGAGCUGGCCAAUGAGGAGGUGGUGGUGGACCUCAUCCGCCUGGUGCUGGCUAUUCAGGACGCGGCCCAGGUCAACGAGGACAACUUGCCGGUGUACAACCGCUGUGCCCUGUACGCGCUGGGAGCUGCCUACCUCAACCUCAUCAGCCAGCUCACCACGGUGCCCGCCUUCUGCCAGCACAUCCAUGAGGUGAUUGAGACUCGGAAGAAGGAGGCCCCAUACAUGCUACCUGAGGAUGUGUUUGUGGAGAGUCCCAGAUUGUCUCCGAACCUGGAUGGAGUGGUGAUCGAGUUCCUCUUCCGCCAGAGCAAGAUCAGCGAAGUCCUAGGGGGCAGUGGGUACAAUGCGGACAGGCUCUGCAUGCCCUAUAUCCCUCAGCUGACAGAUGAAGAUCGUUUAUCCAAGAGGAAGAGCAUUGGAGAGACCAUUUCCCUGCAGGUGGAGGUGGAAUCCAGGAACAGCCCAGAGAAAGAGGAGCGAGUACCUGCCGAGGAGAUCACCUAUGAGACUCUCAAGAAGGCUAUUGUGGACAGCGUGGCGGUGGAGGAGCAGGAGCGAGAGCGGCGGCGGCAGGUGGUGGAGAAGUUCCAGAAAGCCCCCUUCGAGGAGAUUGCUGCCCACUGCGGGGCCCGGGCAUCGCUGCUGCAGAGCAAACUCAAUCAGAUCUUUGAGAUCACCAUCCGGCCCCCACCAAGUCCAUCGGGGACCAUCACCGCAGCCUACGGGCAGUCUCAGAACCACUCCAUCCCGGUCUACGAGAUGAAGUUUCCGGAUCUGUGCGUGUACUGAACUCCCAGAGACUGAGCUCCGGAGGGGUGGGGCCUGAGGGAGGGGUUUGCUCCACCCUCCUCCCCCUGACCCAUGACUGGCGAUCUGACUGGGAUCUCAGA